GGUGUGCUGCCCAACACUUUGUAUGUUCGAUGCAUCCAUCAUACGCCCCAAUGUCAUGGCUAGAGACAAACAAUCACAUCUGUGAACUGUUUGCUGUCAAUCCUGGGAGCCGCCAAGGCGUGUUUGCAAACGACAGACGCCAAAAAUGGAUAGAACAUCUUCAUAACCUAUUCAAACACAGAGACUGCAACUCUGAAGAUAGCCGCCAAGCUAAGAUCAUCACAAUAGGUACUGCCUGCUGCUUCAUGUGAGAAUUUAUAUUACAUAUAUAUAUGCCGCCAAGGGCGUAACCUAACCUAUUGGAGCUCCGGGCGCCUUCCAGCUUUAUUGCCACCAGAAUACGUCGGCCGACAACAACAUUGACGUGAAUAUAAUCCCGCCACUUUAACGGUCAUGGAGAUGGAAUUCUUCAAGCGGUGCUUCUUCGCACCAAUCCCUCCAAUAUGGACGUUUCAACCUCAGCCGGGGUUGCCGGAUCACAAGCACGACCGCGGGGAAAGCCAGGAUCUCACACUAUCCUAUGGUGAUCAAAAAUGCCCGUCCCAACGAAAAAUCUCGAGCCAGAGAUUCAAUACAUGGUAGUGGAGGUAUUGGUGGCUGAGUUUGAGUGGCUGAACAGCAGAAUCUGGUUGCGAGAGCACAGGGCCGACAAACAUCGUGUUCUAUCUACGCUCCUGUCACUGAGGUUGGCGUGCCAGAGUUUCGGAGAUGCCAAUAUAAUCAAGGCCGUUGUUUUCAAAGAGAUCACACUUCAGGCGACGGUACUCAAUUUCAACCGUUUGAGACGGACCGGAUUCUUGUCUAUUGCGCCGUUCGUGAAAAAGAUCAAUUUUCUACCCACUCCAUUCAACAUUAGCCUCAAACUCAGGGGCUUUACUAGGGCGCUUGAAAUUCUGUCACAGCACGAAUCAGAUCUGCCAGUGCGGUGUAAGAGGCACGUGGCCACACACUGGGGUCACAUCCCUACAACAGAAGCCGAGGUCGCAGCCGCAUUUAGGAAUUACGGUCAACAAGCAUACAUGGAUCAAGAUAUUAUAAACAGCGGUGAGCUGCAGUGUCUAUGGACUGCGACACUGCGGACUUUCCGGCACGCGAACGAUUUUGAACUCCUUUCACUCUUCGGCAGACACCCCUUGGAUCCCAGUGACGACUCGGGGACACUGCAUUGCAAGUCAUGUGAGGAAUCCAAGUGCACGCUGUACGACCGCACAUGUGUUUCUGAGAGUCAAAUGUUCAGGACGGCGAUACAGUGUCUUGGGUCUGCGAACGCGCAGAUCAAGUCCUUGACAAUCCACAGAACGCUCGCGCAGCAUUUUAACGGAGGGCUCUCUGCUUCAUGGGACCUCUUGGAUCUUAGCACACUAGAGUCCUUCAAAUUCCCAGACUUGGAAAUUGUGGAAGAUGACUAUGAGGGCGACAUGGCGGAACGAGAUGCUGCGGUGGAAACUUGCUUGGCCCAGUUCCUUCGAAAGCCUCUCCCUAGUCUGAGGGAGUGGAGUGUCGACCACUACGUCGCAUAUCCUCGAAUGCCGCUGCCAUCUCUUUCGCAUAUAUUCCUUCCACGCCUUCGUUUUCUCACCCUCGGAGGGAUCCUGCUUAGGAUCCCACGCCUUGCACAGAUCGUUACAAGUUGCGUUGCGUUGGAAGAUAUCACCCUAAGAGAUUGUCACCCUCAGGGACCUGGAGGACGCCGGCUAGAAGACCCAGGAGAUGAGGCGUGGCAACCGUUAUUCGACGCCUUGUCUCAACAUCCGACUUUGACACAUAUCACGAUUGCUGACGAGUGGGACGCUGUUAACAACGAAGGUGUAAUCGGCCCGCCCUGCAGUCCCAACACUGUUGGCAUUGAAGUCUAUCGGGUCAUGCUCCAGACUGGCAUGUCAGCCGUUCGUAGCCCAGAAAUUCGGGGAAUAUGGGAUGCGGCUCUACAUGUCUACCUUGGAUAGCAACAGCGAGGGCAGCGGUAAUUGCUCUAGUCAGGAACUUUUAGGCACAGGAGACAUUAUGAGGGGCUUCUGGAAGGGGCUACUGGAAAUAUCGGUUUACGAGAUGGCUUACAGUAAGCAGCAAGUGAACUGCGGACAAGACCAUUUCUACUUCAGCAGAGGUGAGGGCAGAUAAUUCCCUGGCUGUACUGGCCGACGAGACUACAAAAGAGACUCGCAGACAUUUGGC